GCUGUUAACUCACAACAUACUCCCCAAUUUUCCUCAAUUUGUCAAUCCCUGCGUUCACACUCUCAUCCCCCUUCUCUUCUCUUCUUCUUCUUCUUCUUCUUCUUCUUCUUCGUCUCAAAUAGCCCACGACACAAUUUAUAAUUCCCCCACCCACAAAAAAAAAAAAAAAAAAAACAUAGAACCUUAGGCUCCAAUUCGUUCUCGGUGAAGCAAAAUCUCAUCCCAAAAUCCGCCAUUUUUUCUUUCAUGAAACUCACUUCUCUCUCGGACCCACAAGACCUCUCCUACAUCUACGACUUCCUUCAGCAGAUGAAUGAGCCCCCGGCCGCCGCUAGAAGCCCCGCCAAGAAGCAGAGGAGGCGGGACGACAGCUUCACCGACACCGACGAGGACGACGAUGACGGCAGCAAGAAGAAGAGGGACCUGAAGGGUAUCAUCACUUCUCUCUCCCUCUUGGAGGACCAAGAGAAGGAAGACUUGCGAGAGCGGGAGGUGGCCGCGGUGGAGGAAAGGCAGCUCCUUGAGAACAAUUACCGGAAGAAGAGCCGGGCCACGGCCGAUUUCUACUCCAAUGUCGAGGAUUAUUAUGCGGAGACGGAUGAGUUGGACCGUACGAGGCGGAAGAAGUCGCGGGCUCUGGCCGGUGCGGUGGCUGCGGGCAUCGCCGAGGAAGGGGUGCUGAAGAAGUCGGAGAAAGGGGGCAAGAAGUCCGGCGGCGAGGGCGGGCAGAGCAGGCGGCUCUGGGUCAAGGACCGAUCGAAUUCUUGGUGGGACGAGUGCAAUCGGCCCGAUUAUCCCGAGCACGAGUUCCGGAAGGCCUUCAGGAUGGGCCGGAAGACGUUCGACGUGAUCUGCGAGGAGCUCAACUCCGCUAUCGCCAAGGAGGACACGGCCCUGCGGAACGCAAUCCCGGUUCGGCAGAGGGUCGCGGUCUGCAUCUGGAGGCUAGCCACGGGGGAGCCCCUCAGGCUCGUGUCGAAGAAGUUUGGGCUCGGAAUCUCGACCUGCCAUAAGCUGGUACUCGAAGUCUGUGCUGCUAUUAAGAGUGUCCUAAUGCCCAAGUUCCUUCAGUGGCCCGAGGAUUUGAGGAAGAUAAAGGAAGAAUUCGAGUCAGUCUCAGCUAUCCCGAACGUCGUGGGUUCCAUGUACACGACUCAUGUCCCGAUCAUCGCCCCGAAGAUCAGCGUCGCAGCUUACUUUAAUAAGCGGCAUACAGAGCGGAACCAGAAGACUUCAUACUCGAUCACAUUGCAGGGUGUGGUAGACCCGAGAGGCGUAUUUACGGACGUCUGCAUUGGCUGGCCUGGGUCCAUGCCUGACGAUCAGGUGCUGGAGAAGUCUGCCCUUUACCAGCGGGCCCAGGGUGGGCUCCUGAAGGGUGUGUGGAUCGUGGGCGGGUCCGGAUACCCGCUUUUGGACUGGGUCCUGGUGCCCUACACCCAGCCGAACUUGACGUGGACCCAGCACGCCUUCAAUGAGAAGAUCGGGGAGGUCCAAAAUGUCGCUAAGGACGCGUUUGCAAGGCUGAAGGGUCGGUGGAGCUGCCUCCAGAAACGAACUGAGGUGAAGCUCCAGGACCUCCCGAUCGUGCUCGGUGCCUGCUGUGUUCUCCACAAUAUCUGUGAGAUGAGAGGGGAGGAGAUGGAUCCUGAAUUGAGAAUAGAGAUCAUGGACGAUGAGAUGGUCCCUGAGGCCGCACUAAGGUCCGUGAGCUUGAUGAAGGCGAGGGACGCAAUCGCCCAUAACAUCUUGCACAAAGGACUUGCGGGCACUUCUUUCCUGUAGGAAACAAGGGAGGAAAGGAAAAAGAGAAAUGUCUGCCAUUUUUUUUUCCUGUUCUUUUCUGAAAAGAUUGUUGUAAUUCUUUCAUGUAUGCUUUUUUCUUCCUUCUCGGUCUCAAAUUCUGCCCUGUUGCUGUAGAAUUUCACAUUACAUUAGACCAUACUCAGUUCAUCGUAGUUUGUCGGAGGAGCUCGAGAAAUUAAAUGUUGUAAUCGGCCCCUCCUACAAAUUAAGGGAUGAUUCUUAGUCCUGUAACCUUAGGCUCCACACUGAAAACCAUCAAAAUAAGAUUCAAAAUGAAUUCUUACAGUACUGUAUCUGUUCAUUUACAUCAGGUCUUGUGGGUAUCCGAGUCAAUGCGAUUUGUUCGAGCGAAUGUAAAAUUUCUUCAUUAUCA